AAAUUUAAUUAUUUUCUUAAAAAUUAUACAUUGCUCAUAUAAAACAAUUUUAGGAAUGGAGGGAGUAAUAUUCUCCUAUUUUUAAUUUGUUUUGUUGGAUUUACCCCAUCAACAUAUAGACCCCUAUAUACGCUAUUCAUUAUAAGAAUGAGUUAUAAAUAAUGAACCAAGAAAGAAGUACUUCUAAUAAUUUUGGCUGUCCACUUUUAAUAAAUUUGUAUAUUUGGGAAACCUCUGCGCAAUUUUUCGGAGAGUGUUUGUCUUUUCUAUGUUCCCUCCCUGCACGUGCCCCUCAUUUUUCGCUCUCUUUCACUUUUCACCCUUUCUUUCCCCAACUUCAAAAACCUCUCUGUUCUCUCUAGUCACUAGUAGCUCCAGUAGCUCAAGUUCUCACACCCUCCCACUCACCUUCCUUCAGAUCCCAUCUACCUAAACCAAAAUCACUUCCCAUUAAUGACUCUACAAACUCCACUUUCACUCUUCAACCAUUACCAUGUCUCCCUUAACCAUUCUUCUCACCUUCACCUUCACCUUCCUCUUUCUGCUCUUUCCCACCUCAACACACACAUGCUCUUCUUCCAUUAGUAACUCAAACACAACAAAAACACACCCUUGCCCACCGUUUUCCUCCACCCCACCUUUCCCAUUCUCAUCUUCACCCGGCUGUGGCCACCCUUCUUUUCAACUAAACUGUUCAUCUCCUCGCUCUUUCAUCUCCAUCAACAACCUCUCUUUCUCCAUCCUCUCUUACAAACCCAACUCUUCCUCAAUCACCCUCUCCCCUCACAACCCACAAAACAACAACACCAUUUGCCCAUCUUCAUCUUCAAUCCCUAAUAAACCCAUCAACCUCUCUAACUCACCAUUCACUCUCUCAGAUGAACUAUGCUCACGUCUCUCUUUUCUCCAACCUUGUUCCCCUCCAACACUUCCCAAUUGCAGCCACUGUCCUUGGCAAUGCAAAAUCAUCAAAAACCCAACAGAAAUCUUCACUAACUGUAGAUCUAUGCAUCACUCUGUUUCAGAUUCUGAACCCAGUUGCCAAAGUGAUGUUCUUGAUUACCUCAACGAGAUACUCACUUUCGGUAUUGAAGUUCAAUGGGAUGAAGCAUUAACACAAGACACUUACUUCACAAAUUGCACAGAAUGUAUCAGCAAAAAAGGCUUCUGCGGUUACAAUUCAUCAGACCCAAGCAACAACUUCAUAUGUUUCCAUUCCAAAGAAACCAUUUCGCCGCCGUGGAUUCAUAAAAUGAAACUCAACAAAAUUGCUGUUUUCGCCGUCAUUAUCGCUUUCACUUCGUUGCUUCUUUUCAUCACAGUAACAAUUUCGAUUCUCCGAUCGAGAAGCUUAAACUCUCGAUCAGUAUUAGAAGAAGAUCCCACCACCGUCUUCCUCCACAACCACCACUCCGCGAAUCUCUUCCCACCGGUUUUUACCUACGACGAACUGAACUCCUCCACCAACAACUUCGAUCCAAACCGUAAAAUCGGCGACGGCGGAUUCGGUUCAGUGUACCUCGGCAAUCUCCGAGACGGAAAACUCGCCGCCGUGAAACACCUCCACCGUCAAAACCAAACCGCAGCGUUCUCAUCAAAAUCAUUCUGCAACGAGAUUCUUAUCCUGUCUUCAAUCAACCAUCCAAACCUCGUUAGACUUCACGGUUACUGUAACGAUCCACGAGGCUUGAUUCUCGUUUACGAUUACGUUCCAAACGGAACCCUAGCAGAGCACAUUCACGGUUCAAAGAGUAAACGAAAGGGUUACAAGCUGACGUGGCAAACCAGACUUGAUAUCGCAAUACAAACGGCGUUAGCGAUGGAGUAUCUUCAUUUCUCAGUUAAGCCACCGAUAGUUCACAGAGAUAUAACGUCGUCAAAUAUCUUCGUUGAAAAGGAUAUGAGGAUUAAAGUCGGUGAUUUCGGGUUAUCGAGGUUGUUGAUUUUGCAAGAAACGAGUCAAACGACGUCGUCUGGUGGGUACGUUUGGACCGGUCCUCAAGGUACACCGGGGUAUUUAGAUCCGGACUAUCACCGGUCGUUCCGAUUAACGGAAAAGAGUGACGUGUACAGUUUUGGUGUUGUUUUGCUUGAACUAAUUACGGGGCUUAAAGCUGUGGAUUAUUGUAGGGAUAAACGUGAGAUGACGCUUGCUGAUAUGGUUGUUUCGAGGAUUCAUACGGGUCAGUUGAAGGAGGUACUUGACCCGGUUCUUGAUUUGGGCAAUGACGGUGAAGCGCUUGAUGCGGCGGCUGCUGUGGCGGAGUUGGCGUUCCGGUGUGUUGCAUCGGAUAAAGAUGAUAGACCUGAUUCGAGGGAGGUUGUUGGGGAGUUGAAACGGGUUCGGUUACGGAGGUCAGUGAAUGAUGACGUGGCAAGAGAAUGAGGUGGACCCGCCAUUGACACGUAUGAGUUUUGUGCACGUGGGUGUCAAUUUUUAUUGUUACGUAACGUCAAGGGUAAAGUGUCAGUGACGCCGUACCGGAAGUUGGAGGUUAUUUUAAAUUUGAAAAUUGAGGAGCUUACCGUAAUUGACUCAGAUGAGAAUGUGUGUGGAUAAGAGGCCCCCUAUUUUAGUUCUUUAUUUGAUGGUCCAAAUAUCUAUAUCUAUAUGGUAAUUCAUAAUUGUAUAGUACGGUUUAACUAUUAUUGAAAUACAUUUUCCAUUUUGAA